GGGAGCCAUCAGUUGUCUUGCACACAGAAAGAAAACAAUGGCCAGCUUGCCCAGCCUUCCUCUGCUCCUGCUGCUGCUUUGGGGUACAGGGUCUCAUGGCUUCCCAGCGCCUUCAAAAACACAAGAUCAAGAUGUGGAGAUGGUGCAGAAAUACCUGGAAAACUACUACACCCUGAAGAAUGAUGGUAACCAAAUUGAAAGGAAGAGGAAGAACAGCCCAGUGGUUGAAAAGCUGAAGCAAAUGCAGGAAUUCUUUGGGCUGAAGAUUACUGGGAAGCCAGAUGCUGAAACCCUGAAUGUGAUGAAGCAGCCCAGAUGUGGGGUGCCCGAUGUGGCUCAAUUUGUCCUCACUGAGGGACAUCCUCAGUGGGAGAAAACACACCUGACCUACAGGAUUGAAAAUUACACACCUGAUAUGUCUCACGCAGAUGUGGACAGUGCAAUCGAGAAAGCCUUUCAACUCUGGAGUAAUGUCACACCUCUGAAGUUCACCAAAGUCUUUGAGGGUCAAGCAGACAUAAUGAUAUCUUUUCAGUCAGGAGAUCAUCAUGACAAUUCUCCCUUUGAAGGACCUGGAGGAAACCUAGCUCAUGCUUUUCAACCAGGCCCAGGUAUUGGAGGGGAUGUUCAUUUUGACGAAGAUGAAAGGUGGACCAACGAUUUAAGAAAUUACAACUUGUAUCGUGUUGCGGCUCAUGAAUUAGGUCAUUCCCUUGGACUGUCUCAUUCUACUGAUAUUGGGGCUUUAAUGUACCCAACCUACUUCUUCAAUGGUGAUGUUCAGCUAUCUCAGGAUGAUGUCAAUGGCAUCCAGGCCAUUUAUGGACCUUCCCCAGAUUCCACUCAGCCAAUAGCCCCAGUGACCCCACAAGCAUGUGAUAGUAAGCUCACCUUUGAUGCUAUAACUACAAUUCGAGGAGAAGUGAUGUUCUUUAAAGACAAGUUCUACAUGCGUAUAAAUUUUUUCUACCCGGAAGUUGAGCUCAAUUUCAUUUCUGUUUUCUGGCCCCGUCUGCCAAAUACACUUGAAGCUGCUUAUGAACUUGCUUAUAGAGAUGAAAUCCGGUUUUUCAAAGGUAAUAAGUACUGGGCUGCUCAGGGGCAGAACAUGCUUCGUGGAUACCCCAAGGACAUCUACACAUCUUUUGGCUUCCCUAAAACUGUAAAGAAUAUCGAUGCUGCUGUUUCUGAGGAAGAUACUGGAAAAACAUACUUCUUUGUUGCUGACAAGUACUGGAGGUAUGAUGAAUAUAAACGAACCAUGGAUAAAGGUUAUCCCAAAAUGAUAGCUCAUGACUUUCCUGGAAUUGGCAAUAAAGUUGAUGCUGUUUUCAAGAAAGAUGGAUUUUUCUAUUUCUUCCAUGGGACAAGGCAAUACAAAUUUGAUCCAAAAACUAAGCGUGUUUUAACUCUUCUGAAAGCUAACAGCUGGUUCAAAUGCAGAAAGAAUUGACCAACUGUUACCAACCAUUGAAUGAAAAAUUAUAUUUUCUGAGCCCAAGGAAGCUGUUUUCCUGAAGAACUACAUAAUUUUCAGUAUUUUAUUUAACCUCAGGAAUUACUGAUGCACAGUUAUUAUGUAUAACUUUAUUGGCAUAUAUUUUAUAUGUUAUAUUGUAAUGUUUUAUGAGGACUAAGGAAGGCCAAGUUCAUGGUUUAUAGAUUCAUGUGGACUAAUUCACUUAGCAAAGAGAGAAGGUCUUUUCCACAGUACGUAUAAGACUGGCAUUAAUCCUGAACUGCAGUUUUAGGAAUCAACACCUCCUCUCAAGAGAGAAAGAGACAAGAGACACCAGUCUCCACCAUAGGAAAAGCACUUCAAGAACAUAUGGCCAAUCAUUAGUGUCAUUCUUUUUACAGAAAAUAAAGUAUUUUAUGUUUGGAAUAAAGGCAUCCUUGUCUCCUCUGCUUUAUAAACAUUUUAUUACAUUUUAAGUUGUUACUU